GUUUCCGCAUUCCGCCAAGCGCCGUCAGCCGGAGCGCGAGUCGGAGAGCGCACCGUCGCGUCCGCGCAGAGACCUCUUCAGUCACUCCCGGGGGAAUUACGGAGCGAAGCCAGCGACCAAGGAUGCCUUACAUGUUCAUCAGUACACAGAUUCGACUGGAGAAUGGUCCAACAAAUGUGGGGGAUGAAUUUUCGGAUCCAGUACUCAUGAAUUACCUGGGAGCAAGGAAAACAACCAUGCUGGGAAACAAUUUUUCCGAAUACCACGUGGACGAACCACCUCGCCUGGUGCUGGACAAGCUGGAGAAGAUCGGCUUCCGUGUGGUAUCCAUGACAGGUGUGGGACAGACACUGGUGUGGUGUCUUCACAAGGAGAUGGAGUGAUGGGUCACGAGGCUACUGUAUGUGUGUGUGUGUGUGUGUGUGGGGGGGGGGGGCUUCUAUAAGCUUUUUAAAGGGUGAAUGAAUUAUGUUCUACAUGCAAGAUAUUGACAGCUAUAAAAUAAGCUCAUAGUCAAGUAAAAGUGAAGUAGGUAAAGUUGAGAUUAUUCCUUACAUAAGGUUUCAGAUUACCUUGAAGAGUCGGGGCAAUAAUUCCAGAGGAUUUACAGUAUCCUUUGUCAAUACUCUUUACCCCAGUGAUCAAGUGUAGGGACUGAAGUAAGUUUAUUGUAUAUAUCACAUAGCCCGUCUCGCUUUUUUGUAUGGAAAACACUAGGCUACAUAUAUUUGUACUUGCAUCACUGUGUAAAGAUGUUUUGGUUUUUUUUUUAGCCAAUGUUUAAAACUUAAUGAUGUUAUGAUUGUGGAUUGUGUACUUAUUAUUAAAAGACAUCAGUUUAAAAAGAAUUAAACACUAUGUGUAAUCGUC